AUGAAAGGAUUAAUCAUCUUACUUUUACUUCCCAUCCUUGUGUUAGCAACUCCUCCCGCUUGUUUGAUUAGUUGUGUUGCUGAAGUAGCUCACUCUUGUGCCAAUGGUAAAAUUGAUAUGAGUUGUCUUUGUAUUAAGGAAGAUUCAGUGGUUGGAUGUUUGGUGGAUAUUUGUCCCUAUGGAAACUUCUUAAGUGCAAGAGAUCAUUAUCUUGGUACAUGUAUGGAACAUGGGAAACCAACUAAAUCAAAUCCAAAUCCUCCUCCUGCAAUUUUUCCUCCUCCACCAUCUUUAUCAACUUCACCUGCCACAAUAAUUUCAACUUGGACAUCAACUACUCCAAUUCCAUCAUCUUUAAUUACUUCCACUAUUCUGUCAUUUAUAACUACUGCUUCAACGCCAUCAGCUAUAGUUCCACCUUCACAACCGCCAACAUAUGCACCUCUACCACCUGCUCCAACAACUACCCCAGUGACUAGUACAAAGACAACUAUUAUAGUUCCACCUCCAAUUAUUACUACACCAACAACAGUUACCACUAUUGUAACUUCUAAUCCCACUUUUUCCUUACCAGUUGAAUCAUUCACAUAUACUACCAAAUUCCCACCUUCACCUACGUCUACUACUCAACCAACAGAAACAGGUAAUGACGACGAUGAUUGUGGUGAUAAGGAUAACGACGAAAAUAAUGGUUAUGAUGAUGAAGGAGAUGAAGAUUGUGAUAACAAAUAUGAUGAAGAUUUUGAUAAUGAUUAUGGUGAUGAUGAUGAUCAAUAUGACAAUGAAGUUGAUGAUUGUGAAUGGGAAGAAACUCAAACAUUUGAUGAAAAUGGUCAAAUUAUUAUUAUUAGAAGACCUAUUAAUGUUCCUCAAAAGUAUCUUGAUCCAAAUAAUAAUGGUAUUACCAGAAGAGUUAUAAUUAAAAAAUCAAAUGGUAAAAAGUACAUUAAACCAGUUGAACCAAAUUAUAAUAAUAUUGCCAAUAAAAAGAAUCAUAAUUCUUCAUUUAGAAAGAUUAGGAAAUUAAAAAAUCCCAAACUUGGUUCAGUUCCUGAAACUAAAUUAAUGAAUUCUGAUAAUGGAUUUAGAAGACAAAAUCCAAUAUUUUCAACUGAAAAGAUUGCUCCUAAUGCAAAGAAUCAAAAUUUCAAUAGAAAUCAACAAUUACCAGUAUAUCCAAGAUAUAGAAAUCGUCAUCAAAAAUCUAAUAACUAUUAA